AUGUGGCGCGACCGCACCAACCUUUAUUUAUCCUACCGGCAAUCGUACGCCGACCAUCCAGUAAAACGGGCCAAGUACACGGACUCUCAGGCGCGAGGCGCUUCAUCUGCAGAUAGCUACGGGCUGGCCUCCUCGGAUACGCCUGAGGAUACUCGAGCACUACUCUCCGCGGGUGCCUUUGACCGUGAGGGCGAUGCUGUGAUCGAGAUGGAUGUGAUCCCACCACGUUGGGCUGAUGUGUCCGACGAGAUCACGGAACUGCUGGCUGAUAUUGCGCGCCGCAGCCAGGUGCUAGAGCGACUUCAUCAGACACACGUGCUUCCAGGAUUCAAUGACGAUGCGACAAAGAAGAACGAGGAACGAGAAAUCGAGGGCUUGACACAUCAGAUCACAAAGGGGUUCCAUGACUGCAAUCGCUGCAUACAGCGGUUGGAACGAAUGAUACAAGAAAUGAAAGAAGCAGGCUCUCUAAGCAGAGCAGAUGCGACCAUGGCAAAGAACAUGCAAAUCUCCCUAGCUUCAAGAGUGCAAGACGCAAGUGCUUCUUUUAGAAGAAAACAGAGCACAUAUUUGAAGAAAUUGCGCGAUAUGGGAGGGUUUACCUCAAUCAGCUCCCCAGGCGAUCGGAUGUCCGCUCUCCACUUGAGCUCAGGCGCUUACAGUGACCCAAACAUGCUUGAAUCGGAUGAGGAUCGAUCCUUGUCGCAAUCGACGCUGCAGUCCACUCGAAAAUACCAGCAUCACUCCAAUGACACCAUCAUAACACAACGAGAACGCGAGAUUGAAGAGAUAGCCCGAGGGAUCAUCGAGCUCGCUGACAUUUUCCGCGAUUUGCAGAGCAUGGUUAUUGAUCAAGGCACUAUGCUGGACAGGAUAGACUACAACGUGGAGAACAUGGCAAACGAUGUUAAGGCUGCGGACAAAGAAUUUGUCAUCGCUGCCGGAUAUCAGAAAAGAACAACCAAGAGGAAGAUUAUCCUGCUACUUCUCAUUCUUAUAGUAGGGUUGUUCAUCCUCCUGAUGAUAAAACCGAAGGAAAACAGAGGAGCACCUGCCAAUGGCAAUAAUAAUGGCAAGGAGCAGGCCUGA